GGCCCGAGAAAGUGACGGGAAUUUGGGCCACGGGCAGGAAGUAGUCGGGGACUCUUGGGUUUGGCGGGGGUCUCUUUCUUCUCGGCUCAAUCCUGUUCCCUUGCAUUACAAUUCUAAUUUCCUAAACAUGCUCAAGCUCUCCCUUUCUUAAUCAUUGCUUCUCCUUUUCGAUCUCCACGGUUUUCAUCGCUUUCCCGAAUGUCAAAUAACUCCCUGCUCCCCAUCGGAUUGACUCUUGGCUCCAUCAUGGAGGACACUUCUGCUGCUAACGCUGUACAGGACAGAGACCACAAGUUCCUAACAAAAGCAAUCGAAGAAGCAUAUGAAGGGGCUGAAUGUGGCGAUGGCCGCCCUUUUGGCGCAGUGAUCGUUCGUAACGAUGAAGUAAUCGUGAGCUGUCAUAACAUGGUUCUGAGAAACACCGACCCCACUGCCCACGCUGAGGUUACUGCAAUACGAGAGGCAUGUAAAAAGCUGAAUCAAAUUUAUCUAUCUGGCUGUGAAAUGUAUGCGUCUUGUGAGCCUUGUCCCAUGUGUUUCGGAGCAAUUCAGCGUUCGAGAAUAAAGAGACUGGUUUAUGGAGCCAGAGCAGAUGCUGCGGCAGCUUUUGGAUCUGCUGGUUUUAUUUCAGAUGCACUAAGGGGGACCGGGUUUCAUGAGAAAGCUCACCUGGAGAUUAAAAAGGCAGGUGGAACUCUUGCUGUAAUCGCAGAAGAGGUAUUUGAGAGGACGAGUUCUAGGUUUCGUGCUGUCAAUUAGGAUCAGUCUGUGCCUCGAACGAGUCUUGUCUUCAGCUUACUUUUGUGUCUGCCGAUGGUCAACGUAAUGUUUUUGGUGAAAAUGGUCAGUGUAAUUUGAUUCUUCAAACCAUCGUUAUCACCAAUUUAUUUCUGUUUUUUCCGUCAUCGAAUACCAACCCCGGAUUAUCCUAUCAAUCAUUCAUAUUAAAUAUCAAUUGUCUGCAUGUAUUAAAUCAUGCACGAAACCUGAAGAAUAAUUGGUUUUGA